AUGAAAUUGCGGGAAUUUGUAGCAAACUCGCUACCUCGUGUUCGGGGCCGAAAGAAGAAAAGCCAGUCGCAGAAACAACCUUCAAAAGAACGUAACGAUAGCAACCAAACAAAAUGUCAAAUUUCUCAAAAACAGUGUGCGAGUGUGAUCUAUGCUGAACCAAAUCACAGAUCACGAGAUCUGAGAGGUACACCUGACGUGCGACCACGAAACCGACAUACGAUCAGCGACAUCGGCAGUGAUACGACCCAGUAUGACAGUUGCAACGAAUACCAAACAUCAUAUCUGAACACGUCAUUGGAUGAAACCAAAUACGCCUCAAAAGAUGGCGGUGGGUUUCUGACCGAGCAGGAGAAAACCUCGCUCUUGAUUUAUUCUUCCGAUUGCGAGCCUCAUCCAAUCACUGGUCGUAAAUCUCGUUCCAGAAUCAGAACUAAUCCGUGGUUGCCGUCACCAUCAACGUCGUAUACGGAUCCGUGUGCAUUCCCACCUGGUGUUACAGUUCUCAAACACGCGUCUUCUGAAAUUGACGAGAUUCUUGAAGGACGUUUCUAUGGUGAAAAAGAUGUGUUUAUGGAAACGGAUUUAUCGCCGACGACUCCCGGUUCGACGGAUAGCGGGUUCAAAUCGUCCAUUUCCUCCGACAUUAACGUGAAACAUAGUCCGCCGCACGUGAAUACAUUCUACGAACCAAAACCGAAAACUUUGACAAAACCUGAAAAACCAGUGCGCACGAAAAAGAAAAGUUCGAAAAUUCUGAAAACGUCGGAAUCGUUUGACAUUAGCCGAAAUUUCGAGUCUUUGAAGGAACGGAAGUUGUGUAUUCGAUCUCAGACUACUGUGAACAUAGACUGUGUUUCAGAUUGCCAUGACAACGGUUACCUAGAUAAAACGAAAUGGCCGAAUCGACAUGACUUGUCUCUCGCCUCUCCGCCAAUAAACAGUGCUAAAGAAAUAGGUUGGGGUCCUUCCCAAAAAUUGGAUUCUCUUCAAGAGUCCCGGAACAAUGAUAAUUUCGAAUUUGAACUUUGUGUAUCAGACGAUCUUAAUUAUGUUGCCAAGCAACAAGAAAUGGGAAUUCCUCAUAUGGACGUUACUAAGGAAGUAGCUGUUCAAACUGACUUUGAAGAUAAUGACGAUUCUGAUUGGAUGACAGCUAGUUCCUUUGACGACACAACCGAAGUGUCCAAUCGCAGUCCGAGGAAGUUAUCUCUUACCAGUGACUGUAUGCAAGAAUCUACCGACACUGGAUAUUCAAGUCUAACUCGUGACGGACUACUGGAGUUAGACGAGGACUUCCAGUUCUAUCAUAAUAAGGAGAAUAUUAACGGCACCUUGAGUGGGUGGUUGAAUAACAAAGAACAUUUCGCAGUGUCAACUAGCAUGGGUCAGUCCUGGUGUGAAGGGUCAAUAGGGUCAAUAGGUCAUCAGGGCAUGACCCUCAACCACAUGUGCCAAUCAUGGUAUGAAGGUUCCAAAAUGGAACACAUAGAAAUUCCAUUUAGUAUGACAUCAUCGAUGUACAUUCCCGAAGACGAGGUUAAAAGUUUCAAAGACCCGUUGGCAGAAUCGGUAGCUCGUGGCAGUUCUCGAAUUGCCUCGAAAAACGAAUCAAACCGACAAUACGUUCCAGUUUUGGAAUACGGUCCCGUUAUUCGUAAACCAGGGUCGGAGAAGAAGAAAUCUACGCACGAUCAGUUCCGGAAACGAUCCGAUUCUUCAUCAAGCGAGUCUUACGUGAGUCCUCUCAACUCACCAUGUUGGGAAACAAAGAAAAUCUUAGGAGAUUCUGCAUCCAAUGUAGAAAACACGUCUCCUCUUGCGACGUCCACUCCAACAGACGACAAGAGCAAGACUGACAUCACUCACUACAGAAAUAAGGCCGAUAUUUUGUCAGCUAAGUCGCAAAACUCUCCUAUGAGUCGAGCUGGUCGACCAAGAAGCAAGAAAGCAGAAAACCGUAAACCACGGGACAAUUUAGAUGUAAUUCGAGACUACUUGGGCUACGCCUCCUUUGAAGAUUUUUACUUCGCUAAGAAGUGUCCGCCAUUAAGUACCGGUAGGACGCUGAAUCAGAUUAAAAGUAGCUUGGAGGAGAAGGUCGACCAGCUUCGACAAGAGAAACUGAUAGUGGAACAAAAAAUCCAAGAAGCGCAAGAGGAAGAACGGAUCAAGAAACACGAGAAGUUGAAAUUUCAGAAACAGCUUCACUACCAUCGUAAGCAACUGCUGAUUCAGACGCUACACGACCUUAAGGAGAAGCUUGAGAAUCAAAGCGAUCGUCUUCAGAAAUCCUACAGCACAAUCUUGAAUCUUCAGUCAAAAUUCUCUCAUCGACAGUCGUCUUUUACAUUGAUGAGGGCAGGCCCGAUGUAA